AUGGUGCCAAUGAAGAACGUGGGCGGCCCAAAAGGGAAAGGGCCUGCCAAGAAGACGCCGGCGAAGCGUCCCCUCCCUCCCAAGGGAUCAUCAUCUGAGGAKGAGGAUGUUUCUGCAGAGGAGUUGAAUGAGUUGUUGGCCAGGAUGGAUAGAUAUGAAAGGGAGAGAGGGCUAGCAGUGAGGGAGGYKGGUUUGCGACCUGCGCGUCAUGCUAGUAGAAAGCAAAUAUUUAAAAGCUUACUCUCACGUAUGUCUGUUUUAGAGGCCAGCCGAUCGGCAGUGGGGAGAGAUGGUGAGCAGCCCAGCCAAGUGGGGUCCAAUCAGAGUGCUGAGGUUCCUUCGGUCGAUGAGGUUGGUCAAGUGCAAAACGCCGUGGAACAGGUCGCGGGAGAAAAAUCAGCGCCAGCAACRCCKGUCAACUCACCUUCUGCAGCAAAAGCAGCGCCAGCUGCUGCUGCGYGGGCUGAUCYGGAUGGGUCAUCUCCGCUGGCGAUUCCGAUUGCAGCGGAGCCGGUGCCAGUGGUGCAGCCAUUGAUGCAGAGCGUCGGUGUUGAAGGUCCGUCAACUUCCGCAGGUAAUGGCACCACACUUGUCUGGCCUUGGGGCCUGAGCCAAGCACAAAACACUACACCUACUGUCCAAAACAUGGCACAUGGUUCGGGAGGUGAUUUAGUCACCAAAGYGAGUCCKCAAGCGGUUGUGGGAUCACCGAUAACAUUAGAAAUGGCUAGGACGGGACAGGACAACCAGUAUUGGGGAACAGAUAAGUGGGUUCUGCCAGUWGUUGCUACCGCGGCUUCUGCGUCAUUGGGAUCUCACUUGUCGCAGAAGACAAUUGACAAGAUACUCAGAAAUGAGUAUAUUGAUAUUUUUUCAUURUAUUUUAGGGAAUUGGAUAAAAAGGAAAAGGAAGAGUUAGAUGAGGAGCGAAAAGAAAAGCUAAAGCAUAGGAGGGUGGAACAUAAUUGGAAAAACUGGAUUGCAUGCUAUACCAUAUAUGCAUCCCUGUUGGUUGAGGCCCAUCCUUACAGGGCCAAGGCKUUAUUUAAAUAUCAGAAUAUUAUAUACGGGGCUUACGUCAACUAUAUGGGCCAGGCCUGGCUGGUUUAUGAUAGACGUUUUCGCUCUGAGGCCGCCACAAAGCCUGACAAAAGAUGGGAUCUCAUUGACAGUCAGUUAUGGAUGGARGUGAUGAAUACCACCAGGGCAGUCUCUGGUGAGAAGGCCGAUAGCGGCCACACGAUACAGAACGCCAARGGGAACCAGCCCUUUCRSCAGGGCARCCCAGCACAACAGCYRCAGAAGCAAAAGGGUAUGUGCUGGGRAUACGCGGCCCAGGGAGUUUGUGCCCUUCCCAAGAAGGCCGUUGGUGAAUAUCGCCUCAUUCAUCAUUUAUCCUACCCGAGAGGAGGAUCGGUGAAUGACGCCAUUCCCGAUGAGCAAUGUUCGGUGAGUUAUACGUCUUUUGAUGCGGCUGUCYGGUUGGUGCGGCGGUAUGGACCGGGGGCAGAGUUAGCGAAAUGCGAUAUUAAAUCGGCGUUUAGGUUGCUCCCGGUCCAUCCGGCCGAUUUUGAGUUAUUAGGUUUCCAGUUUCAGGGAUUCUUUUACUUAGACCGGGCUUUGCCCAUGGGGUGCGCGGUGUCCUGCGCUACCUUUGAGGCUUUCAGUACCUUUCUAGAGUGGGCUGUGAAGAAAAAGUCCGGAUUUCAGGGCGUCGUGCAUUAUCUCGACGACUUUCUKUUCGUAGGUCAAGGCGGGUCAGGGGACUGCGGUGCCUUGUUGCGUGCUUUUCAACAAUUGGYGGUUGAGCUUGGGGUGCCUUUAGCAGARGAAAAGACUGAGGGCCCCCUCACGGUGUUGACAUUCCUGGGGAUUGAGUUGGACACAGUCAAUCAGUUUUCKAAGUUACCCAAAGAAAAGGUUGAGGGAUUGUUAGUCAAGUUAGAGCUAUUUGUGAGGCGACAUAAAGCCACUUUGAAGGAAUUUCAGCAAAUAAUCGGUCAUUUGAAUUUCGCAUAUGGAGCGCUUCAGGCUGUUGGCACCCGACGCGGACGUCUGUGCGGAGACCAUGCCGGACCAUCUCUGGAGGGUUGGAGAGACGAGACAGCAUUAGGGAGAAAGAAGAGGAGGGGGAGGAUGAAGAAGAUAAAGAAGAUGCUGGGGCUGGGGAGGAAAUGGAGGGCCACCGGAGCCCUUUCUUCUGGAACAGGCGGGGCGGGGUCAGGUCUGGGCCUCGCAGGAGGCACCUAUAAGGUCCGGAGCAAAUUGCUGCCCAGGCUUCACCGGGCUGCCGCCGAAGGAGACAUGGCUGAAGUGCGGCACCGCCUGCAGAAGCGGCACUACCCCAUCGAGAGGGACAAAAGUGACAGAACACCUUUGCAUUUUGCUUGCGCCAAUGGACAUAUAGAUGUUGUUAUUUUCUUAAUAGAUAACAAAUGCCAGCUAGAUCUCUACGACAGUGAUAAGAGAUCUCCAUUAAUGAAGGCUGUGCAGUGCCAGCAAGAAAUAUCUGCACUUUACCUGCUUGAGUUUGGAGCAGAUCCUAAUCUUGUGGAUGCAUACAAUAACACUGCCCUCCACUUUGCUGCCUUUAAUUCUAGCAUAUCAAUAGCAAGGCAUCUCCUUGAACAUAAAGCCAAUGUUGAAGCACAGAAUAAGGAUGGGAACACACCUUUGAUUGUGGCUGUAACUGAAAAUAAUCGAGAAAUGGCAGAUUUUCUUCUAAAAAAAGGAGCAUCUGUGCAUGCCACUAAUAAGUCAGGAAGAACUCCGUUGCUGAUUGCUAAAAAACGUGAUUUAACAAAUAUUCUCCUCUUUCAUGGGUCAGAUGUUUCCCAUAAAGAUGAAAGUGGAUGGUCAGCAUGGGAUUAUGCUCUGCUUAGUGAUGAUCCUUUUCUUCUUCAAAAUAUAGCUGACUAUUCCAGGCAGAGAGAUAAAGAAGAGGAGUCUCUUGAUGAGCCAAAUGUUCUGUCUAUAUUGAGUGGUUCAGGCAAAAUGAAAAAUGCUGCUAUAACCCUGGGUGCUCCUGCUACCAAUAGAGAAGUUAUAGACGACCAUUCUUCUGGAGACCCAGUAAGAGAUACAGGACAAACGUAUGAUGACACAUGGCAAUCUUCAGAAGAGGAAGAAUUGGACUUCAGCCCUAAGAAAUUACAAAAACCAAGUUUGGCUCACCUAAUUUCUCAGCAAUUGAAGAAAAGCUUAGAUAUGAAAAGUGGCAUUAUGAGAACAGAACAUAUAGAAAGUAAAUCAGAUUGUGAAGCUGGAGAUGGCAAUGAAUCCCUUCCUAAGCCUUUGUUCCAAGUCAAAUCCUUCCCUCAGCCUAGCCAUUCCUCACCUGGCUACUUUUCCAAAUGCUCCCAGAUGGUGGCUCACUUGAGCUCUAAGCAGGAGGAAUCUUCAGAAGAAGACGGGAAAAUUUCAGAUGUGGUGGAUAAAAAAAUGCCUUGUAAUGAAAGUUCUCAAAAUUGGAAUUCUUCACAAGAUGGUGCCAUUAGGAAUGUUACAGCAGUAGUAGGUGUGCAUAAAGAAGACGAGGACGGGGGUACAGAAUCUCCAUGGGAUUCCGAGUGUAUUACUGAAAGCCCCAGAAAGUCAGCUGCCAGUUCCUUGCCAGCAUCACCUCCCAAAAAUGGGACAUGCAUGCACAGUAUUACAGAAGAACUAUGUGACAGGAAUUCAAAGAAUAUAAAGGCUCAAAAUAAUCUUGAGGAACUGAUAACUGGUCUGCAAACAGCAAAAAUCAAUUUGGAAGAGCAACUAAAUCAACAGGUACAGAAGCAAACUAUGCUCUCAGCAACUGCACAAGAUACUCAUAAUUUGUGGGAAGAGGAGCUGAAGUCAAGAUCAAAACUUGGGAUUCACCUUUCUGAGCUUGACAGGGAAAAGGCAGAGCUAACAGCUCAGUUAGAGAAUGAAAGGAAAAAUGUGAAGAAGAUAAAAAGCAAACAGCAGCUAGAAGAAGAAGUUGCUAAUCUCAAACACCACAUACAGGGUAAUGCGAUAGACCACAACCAAGUAGUACAAUACAAGAAAGAUAUUGAAGAGCGAGCUAAACAAGAUGUAAGACAAAAACUGGAAGAAGUCAAUUUGUUUUUGCAGACACAGGCAGCCUCACAAGAAACCUUGGAACAAAUACGAGCCACCAAUUCUUCCUUGAAAAAUCAGCUCGAAAACAGAAUUAGUGAUUUAGAGUCUGAGCUGACAAAACUUAAAAACAGUCAGCAAGACAAUGGGUUACAGAAACACUCAACACAUACAGAACUGGAAAGAUAUAAGGAGCUAUACUCAGAAGAACUAAAAAUGAGAAAGUCUUUAAGAAGCAAAUUGGAGAAAUUGUCAGAAGCCAAUGCCAAACUCUCUUAUGAGCGCAAAAGGAGCAGAUCAUUACUUGCCAACAGCUUUUUAGGUGGAAGCCUUUCAACAAGCCGUCUAGAAACAGUUCAGUUUGGAAAUCUUGGGCGCAAUUUAGCAUUAACUAGACCUCUUAGCCUUGGAGGAGAAUUUAUGAACCCAACCGGAAGUCCGUUAGCCUCAAAAAACAGAGUGGAGGCUUACUUGGAAAAGAUGCAGAUGGAAUUGGAAAAAAACAUUGCCAAGGAAUUAGACCAAGCAAAUGCUGAACUUGAUACUGGGUCUCUUCGAGUCUCCCCAAUAGGAUCAGUGGGUGGAUCUUCAAAAAACCUAAAUGCAGAUCAAGAUCAAGUAUCCAAGGCAACACAGCAGUAUCUUGAUGUUUGAAAGAAAAAAAUAUAUGAUUUGAAUGAACUGUAAUGAAAACUUGCUAAUGUGGGUUUGCUACAUUACUUUAUAAUGGAGGGAAUGAACCAAAUGUGAAUUUUAUAUAGUUUUGAAUUACGUUAUAAACAUAUCAUGCACAUGGCACUUAUAUCUGGAAAUUUUUUGC